GAUCAGGCGUGGCAAUUGGAAUUUUUUAGAGAGCAUGUUUUGGAGGAAUGAAUAUGUUCGCAUAUGAGCUCCAUUAAAUAUUUACUACCAUUUUAUAGGAGAAAUAUGUUGUUUGGGAGCAAGAACUAUACAAACAGUUUAAAUACAGAGCUGUUUCGAAAUACUUUCAAACCUUUUUUGCCCAUGUAAGUAUAUAUUUUACUAUUACGCUAUUUUUAAGAUGUCCCGCAUUUUCAGUCAGUAUUAGGACGAGCUAGUUGUGAUAAUUUUACAUUUUUAUUAUUAAAGUUAUCACUUGUUAACGACUUGUGCGUUUUCAUGCAUAUAUAUGAAAUGCGAAAAAUCGCAAAUUAAAGUAGCUUAGUAUGGUCCCAUUAUUUUGGAUUGUAACAUGUAUACCAUAUGUCCCAGGAUUGUCGGGCUGGAAUCAAUUUUGCCAACACGGAAGAGGCUGCAUUGUUUCGAGCUGCAAUAAUGGAAAGAGUGAAUGUUUUCAAAAGGAAGAGAGAUGGUAAGAAGUUAUAUUGAGUAAGAAAGGGACUUUAAAUUUCUGCAGCUGGGAUAAUGGAUAGUACUAUUAGUUCUAAACUGCAUGUUCUCUUUAGUUAGAGCAUUCGAGUACCUGUGGAAAUCCACGGUAUUCGGUAGAGUAUCGCAUACCGAUUGAGGAUAUGCAAUGAUCAGAAAACUGCAUACUGCCUGGGCUGAACCGCCUGAACCCCUGUCACAUGCAAAACUGAAAUGUAAUCCGCCAACUAUUGUUGCAUUGAUGAUGAUGAUGAUGAUGAUGAUGAUGAUGAUGAUGAUAAUGAUAAUAAUGAUAAUGAGAAAAGUGAUCAUGAUGAUAUUUGUAAUGAUGAUGAUAAUAUGAUAUUUGUAAUGAUGAUUAUAAUGUUGAUAGUGAUGGUGGUAGUGAUGAUAAUGAUGAUGAUAGUGAUGAUAAUGAUGAUGACAAUGAUGAUGGUAGUGAUGAUGAAGUCAUGAAGAUGCUGAUAGUGAUGAUGAUAAUAAUCUUGUGAACUACUAGGGACAGCAGGUUAAUCACCAUUUGCAAACGCUUUCCAGUAGAGUUCUCCUUAAUAGUCCAGUAGAUCAUUAUCAUCAUCACUCUCAUCAUUACUACUAUUAUCAAUGCGACAAUAGUUGGUGCAUUAUACUUUACUUCUGUGAUUUUAUACAAACUUACUAAUUUGUUGGGGGUUCCGGGAAAAAUUGAAUUGUGGAUUUCUGUUUUUUUUCUGUGCUGCACUGUGGAAGUAUACUUCGAGAGAAAUGUGAAUGUCUUCAUAAAUCAACCUUUUGCAGUGUCAAAUAUUGAUUUCUCAGACAAUUUAACUCAAUGGGAGACAUAGUUUUAUAUUAGCUUUACAUUUUAGCUUUAUGUUAGCUAGAACAAAGUUCAGUAGAUUCUACGAGUAGAUGCGAGCAAGAUACGCAACAUUGUGAACGAAUAAAAAACUACAUCGGAGGGCCGCCCCGUUCCUCCUCUCCCUCAGCCGCGACACGGCUUCAAUCCUGUUGUCACCGAGAAUUUCAUUCUUGAAUACUGUGGAGCAACAGUAGCAAUUAAAGGCAAAAAGGCUUGCACUUAUUUAUCAUUGAUGGGCACACCCGGACAUAUAUUUGCACGUUCUUCUUUUUAAUUUUCUAGAAAUGAGACAAAGAAAGCUGGCUGCCUAUCAACAGCAACAACAAAUGAGCUUUCAAAUGAACGCCAUGCAAGCGAUGCAGAAUCCUUACUUUCGUAUGCAAUUCAUGCCUCCGAGUAUGCAGAGCAUGAUGUUCAUGCAAAUGAGAGCUCCGGCAGUGGCUGCCAGUCAGAGAGCACAGUUACAGGCGAUGUUCAACAGCAUGCCGCCUGAAACACGACAAGCGUUCAUGAUGAAUAUGAAGUCAGGCGGUUCUAUGGCGUCGAUGUACGGUCAACCUUCUAUGUCUGGUGAGUGGGCCUUUACUUUUUGGCCAUGUUAGCCACUUCUGGAGAUUUUGAGAAACUGGCCAAAAAUAUUCCUGGGCAAAAAGUAAAGGGGUUUGCUUUUACAUUCUGUCGACGAAAAGCUAAAAGGUUAUUCUUUACUUUUUUGAACUUUUGGAGAUUUUCAGAAGGUGGCCAAAAAUCGCCAACCACCAUAUUCACAAGUGCCAUUUUUUCUACUCUUCUAGGAAUGUUAGCUGGCCCUGCUGGGAAACAUCAUUCAAACUUUGCAAUUCCGUCAACGCGCAGUCAACAAGUUCCACACCAUCCACAUGCACCGUCGCGUAAGUUUUACAGAAGUUGAAAAAUAAGAAUGAUAUCUGACUCCAAUGUAAUUUACAUUAGGAAUCAAUGAGGAUUGGUAGCGAGUUUUAUCCAAUCUAAGCGCACAAAAUAUUUUCUAGACGAUUUAAAUCUUGUCUUGGAGGACGCGCAUGAGUGUUUCAAACUUUCAAUUCUCGCUACAAAGUCCCCGUUUACUCGAUCAGUAGCUCAAAUAUGAAACUAGUUUUUCAUAUAUCCCCAAAUGGGUAUGAAAUUCUAAGGUUUUCUCACAUUAAAAUCCUGUAAAAGGAUUCUAUUUCAUAGUAUAAGUAACAGUAUGGUUUCAAGUGCAAUUUGGAAAAACCAUGCAUGUGUGAGUUUUUGAAAGACAAUCAAAGACGAUUGACUUAACUUGACCCAGUAGAUCAUCCCAGUUGACCACCAUCUGUUACGCGAUAGUACUUAAGGUUACAGGACACCUUUCUUGGCGUUUUGCGGAAAAUCACUACUGCGCGCUCAAUAUCAGUCCGAUUUUCAUCAAAUUUUCACCAAAUGUUGUCCAGUGCAUGCAAAAUAUGGUAAAGUUGUAAAAUUAACAAACAAUAAAAUAAUGUAAGAAUUAUUCAGGAAAAUCUUAAAUCGCGGUACGGUUACGCUUUUGAGUUAUGCUCCUGCUGGUUUUAAGUUAUAUUUAUGAAAAUAUCAUUUUUAUACAGUAAAAUAGUUGUUCUAAAAAAUUGUGUUCGGAAUUUUUUGUUUAUUUCGUCAUUCCGCUACCCUGGAUUCCAGAGCCUUCGACAGUAAAUAAUAAAUUGAAGUGUCGCGAAGGCUCUGGUUCAACGGGGCGAUUCUUUGAUUAAACCGCGCCAAUCACAAAACAGAAUUAGUGUACUAAAACCACUAAUUCUGUUUUGUGAUUGGCGCGGCUUAAUCAAAGAAUCGCCCCAUUGAACCAGAGCCUUCGCGACAUUUCAAUUUAUUAUUUACUGUCGAAGGCUCUGGAAUCCAGGGUAUCAUUCCGCUAAUAUGGCGAUUUUUUUGACGACUGCAAUAUAUUUCUGAAUUGUUUCAGUGAAUUGCUCUUUAUUUUUACAAUAUCCAAAAUUACAAAAAAGCCGAACACGAUUUUGAAACUGACGUCUUUAGCUAUGUUCUGUGAAAAUUUGAGAAAAAUUGGUUAAAACCCGCAGGAGCACAACUCGUUUGAAAAUCAGUAAUUACCGUAAACUUUUUCGGGAGAAAAUUGAAUUUGAAUAUUACAUUUUCAAUGUUUUUCUUAUUGCAGCGAAAUGUAUCUUAUUAAAUAACUCUGCGAGUUUUCAACAUUGUUCGUUCAAACUUGGUCAGAUAGUAGAACUAGUCUAAUGCUUUCAUGGAAACCAAUAAAAAUUUUUUGGGCAAAAUUAACACUCAAAGGUGUUCUGUAACCUUAAUGAAACCCAUCUGCUCAUUCUCCUUCAGCUCAACAUGCACAUCACAAGCAUGCCAGCCAACCUUCACAUCAAACACACAGCACUUUUCAUCCUCCCCCGGGUCCAGCUGCGUCACCCCCGGUUGAAACAACACCUACACCACCUUCUCCCCCAACAGAAGGAAUUCCUGCACCACCUCCUCCCCCUGCGGGACCAGCUGCUCCCCCACCUCCCCCUCCUCCACCUACAAGUGUACCACCUCCACCUUCCCCUAGUACCCCAACAGGCUCGGGGAGCUCAGUCAGCGUAAAGUCGACGGGCAGUGCUGACAGGGGUGGAUUGCUGCAGAGCAUUCAAGCUGGAACUAAACUUAGGAAGGUAAAGAAUUUAAGAUUUAUUUCAACACAUUGCUGCACUUAUUCCUUUGUAUAAUAUAUUUUUCAUUGGGGAUCAGGGGGGAAACUAGCCCCUUUUAAUUCCGGGGGUGUCUGCCGGAAUUGCCUUGCCAAAACCGAUGAUGCCCUGCAGCAAAUUUAUCUCUGGCCACUAUUUUUCCCAAAAAUGUUGGCGAGCAGGGGGAGGGGGGAGGGUUGAAAAAAUUUUCCGGACAUUAAAAAAAGGGUCCAAAAAGUUUUCCCGACACAAACCGGUUAAAUUAAGGGUCAAAAAAAAAUUUCCGUGCAAAUUCCUGUUAAAACAUGGGUGAAACCCUUAUUUUUGGACCAAUAUUUGUACAAUUUAGGUCUAUAAAUUCUAUUCAAUUCCCUCCGAAAGCCCUGUAAGUUACUUAAUAACUCUACAUUCUAUUAUUUAAAAUCUGUGAUUGCCCUGCCAAUCCAGAUGAUUCGCCCUGCCAAUCCAGACGAUUCGUUUGUUUGUUGUUUUUUUUUUGUUUUUUUUUUUUUUUUUUUGGGGGGGGCGGUGUCCCCCCCCAUACACCCCCCCCCUGUUGGGGAUCAAGGCAUGUAGGACACGUAUACCCAAGAAAGAAAGAAAGAAAGUAAUACGUAAGAAAGUAAUAUCACAAUUGUUGUAGAGAUAAAAUAGUCUAGGCUAAGUAAGUAAUUAGGUAAUCGAUGUAAAAGAGCACUUGAUCAUAUCCAAGAAAAUCAGAGCUGAAGUUUAUAAAUCAGGACAAAUCUUUAUGCGAUUUACAAACAUUGAUUAAACAUUCAUUUCUUUUGAAUUUUCUUCAUGAAUUAUUAAUGAGUUUUAUAAUCAUAUAUAAUUGUAAUCUAAAAUAAUAAGCAAAAAAGAGUGUUUUACAGGUAAACUACGUGAAGCGUUCUUUUUUGAGUUCCUAACUCAGUCAGUUGCAACAGUGGCGUGCUGGAUACUAUUUUUCUGGAGGGGCCAGUGGGCUGUCAACCAAUAUGCGCCCCUAUAAUGUUACGCUUGAUAAACGAGGGCCGAAGGCACGAGCCGAGCGCCGCAGGUGCGAGGUUUGUCUAGGGGGGUCCGGGGGCAUGCCCCCCAGGAAAAUUUUUCAAUUUAGAGUCUCUGAAAUGCCAUUUCCUGGACUUUGGGGGAAGAUUUGACAGAAAUCUGAUGGUCAGGGAACGGAUUAUAACGUGUCGAAAUUUGCAAUUUGGUUAGAAUUUAGUAGUAGUACUUAAAUUAUGCAAUGCUAACUGCUUCCAGCUUUUAUUCUCCCAAUUCUAUUUUCUACUGAUCUAGUGUUCUGAAUACAUUUACAACUUACAGCUCUUAUACAAUAAUACACGGACCCCACGCAUAUGCAUUUUAUGGUUUCCUUGCCUGGCUGCCAAAAGGGCGUGUUUCAGCAUUUUUCAUUACUUACAUUACUCAUGAUGUUUCUUGCGCAAACAAACAAAUUGCGUACACAAUUUUACAUAAUAAGGGGCAUAAUAUAAGUGCAUGAUACCAGCAAAAAAGGGCAUAAUUCCCGUGAUCACUUCGAAACCUGACCAAUAUUCCGGUAAUGAGACAUUGCCUGUGAUCACUGAUCAUGUUUCUCUAUGAACGAUUUUGUGUGAGCUGUGAGGUAGCAAAUUAGCAAAUACGGUUAGACAAAAUAGUCUGUAAUUUAAUAUGUGUGACUUUGUCGCCUGUGCGCUUAGUCUGUUUAUAAGCACAUCUUUUCUUGGCGGAAGUAACUAUAUUUUUUCGAAUGCGUUUUUUCCCACCCACUUUCAAAAUUCGGCGCCCCCUUUUCAUUUUUGCGCCUCCCAAGAAUUGCCAGCUGGGGGGGCCUUGGCCCCCCGCCCCCCCCCCCUGCCAGCACGCCACUGAGUUGCAAUUUCCCUCAACACCUUUGCAAAGUUAGCAAUUUGUAACAGGAAGUUGAGAACUUCUAACUGAGGAAAAUUUAAUGAGGCUUUUAGAGACAUUACAAUUUACAAAUUCCCUCAAGGGAAACCACUUCUAUCAGCCAGAAAAGGUUGCGAACUCGUUAAGGUAACCGUUUACACAGCGACUUGUCUCGGAUUCGAAUGUUUCCAGAUAUAAAGUUUCUACUUUUUUCGGGAUUCAGACUGAGAGUUUCCAUGAGAUUAAUAACAGAGAUAAUUCCUGUCGGUUUCGUCUUUGUGUGUGUUUAAACCGCAACUUGUCUGAAUCCGGUACUAAAAAAGUUUCGGAGUUGUGAUUAUUCCGGAAUUUUCGCUGUUCUAGCUAGUAUUCCACUGUAUCGUAAGGAGUAAAAAUAUUACUUUCCUCUUUAAGGUUGGUGAGUCUACCAGCGGUGCGCGGAAACCAAUUCCUAAAGUGGAAAGCAACAGUAUGCGUGGAGCACUGGCACGAGCUUUGGACAACAGAGCAAAAGUACUUGGUAGGUAUGCAUGUGGGUUACACGUGAGAUUUUUUCUUGCGCGGGCAACGUAACGCGGGUCAAAUUCAAUCGCGUUACCGGCGCCAAGAGACUGGCAACACGUGCAAUUAUUUUCUCGUCUGUUGAGACUGGCAACACGUGCAAUUAUUUUCUCGUCUGUUAAGACAAAUGCAAAGCCAGAGUUUUACAAAUCGAAGCUCAAUAGACCUUAUGCAUAAUGACGUCACGAGUGUUGAUGCUUGCGAAGAAUGCUGGUCUUAGUAGUCAUCGCCCGGGAAAAUUUCGAUAUUGGCCAUUUUGAAUUGUUUAAUUUUCCCGGACAAUGACCACUGAGACCAGCAUUCCUCGGGGGCAUCGACCCCUUGUGAUGUCAUUAUGCACAAGGUCUAUUGCGGGGUUUUUUUCUCGCGCCGGCAACGCAAUGAAAUUGACCAGUUGCGUAGCGGGUGAGAGAAAAAAAGCAUGGUAAAUGACAGUGCAUGAGAGUUGACCACUUGCGUAAUAGACUAAAUUUUGAUGUAGACAAAAAUUUCAUCACAGCUUGAAAGAGCAUCACAAAAUUAGUAAUAUUCCAAAGUUUCGUUGCGAAAUGUUGUAAAAUGCGGAUAAUAUAGCCGUGCGAAGUUUGCCGUUUUUCAGUCAUUUUAGAUUACAAACGGAAAAUUGACAGGCCCAAUACUCUUUGGGGCUGUCAAUUUCCAGUUUGUAAUCUAAAAUGACUGAAAAUUGCAAACUUCGCAAAGCUAUAUUAUCCGCAUUUUACAACAUUUCGCAACGAAAGUUUGGAAUAUUACUAAUUUUGUGAUGCUCUUUCAAGCUGUGAUGAAUUUUUUGUCCAGCUUGUUCAGAUCAAAAUUUAGUCUAUUACGCAAAUGGUCCGCUGGCAACCACGCGAUCUUGGAUAAUUUUCAUGCAUUUUAUUUACAGUUAGAACGGUAUUUAUUUUAGGUGAUGAAGAAGACGAUGAUGACGACGAAUGGGAUGACGACGACGACGAUGACUGGUCGGAUUGAAGGUACGAGAAAGGGCCUGGUAAGGAGGUGAUGACGUCAUGAUUGUGGUAAUUGCGGUGAAAAUGUUGUACGGGUAUGGGUCAGUAGAUCAGAGACG